AUGAAGCCGGCAUUUCUUACCAUUCUUUCCCUCCUUCUUCCCGCUAGUACUCUUGGAUCUAGGCGAGAAACGAACUCAGCGUCGGCAUGUACUCAAGCAUGCUCCCGUCUAGUCAGGGACUCCGACAUUACAACUCAUUUCCCAGGAAACGGCAACUUCAGCGCCUGGGACACCAAACAACAAAACGUCCGAUCAGCCUGCCGUGUCGAGCCUCGUUCUCGUGAAGACGUUUCAACCAUCCUGAGUAUCAUCCUCGAUACAUCCUGCCAGUUUGCCGUCAAGAGUGGUGGGCAUGCUCGAUAUCCCGAUGACUCUGUCUCAGUUGGAGGAGUCACAAUCGACCUGCAGAGGAUGAGGACCACGGAGGUACUUCCAGAUCAGACGAAAGUAAGGUUGGGCGCGGGCCAUACCUUAUACAGUGCAUACGCAGAUCUGGAGAAGUAUAACUUGACCACGUUAGGUGGAAGAGCUGCCAGUGUCGGUCUUGGAGGAUAUACUCUAGGGGGUGGACUCUCGCAUCUCUCACCUGUGUAUGGACUGGCGAAGGACAAUGUUUUUGAAUAUGAGAUUGUCCUCCCCAAUGCCACAGUCACAAUUGUGAGCGAGCACACCAACCCCGACCUCUACUUCGCCCUUCGUGGGGGUAUGAACAAUUUCGGAAUUGUCACUCAUUUCACCAUGAGAGCCGUCUCACAAACCCAGUUUUAUUCAGGGCAGAAAUCCUACUCAGCAGAUAAAAGGGACAUCAUCGCAGACAUCGCCUACGAACUCACAACAGGAAGCGGGAAAAGCGACACCGCCAUGUCAUUCUACUACGACUUUGGCUACGAUCAAGAAACAGAUAACUACACUCUUGCAUUUACUCAGGAGUACUCACAUCCAAAAUUGAAUCCCCGGCCGUUUUACAGAUUGAAUCGGGUCCCGUCUGAGUCGAGUACUCUUCGGAUUGACUGGUCGACGAGCUUUAGUAGGGAGGUAGAUUCAGCAACGCCUCCUGGUGGUCGAAACCUAUUCGCUACUGUGUCAUACUACCCAUCCGCUGAUCUAGACCGUCAAAUCCAAGACAUCAUGGUCGAGGAGCUCCAAUCUGUCAAGGAAACGCCGGGAUUUCUCCCGAAUCUCGUUAUCCAGCCUUUAUAUGAGGCUUCCAUCCGUGCGUCGAGGGAGAGAGGAGGAAGUGCCGCUGGUCUAGAUGCCGAUGGUCCACUGACUGUCGUCCUUCUGACCACACUUUGGAACAACGCUUCUGACGAUGGCGCUAUGAAUACCUUUGUUAGCAACUGGGUCGAGAAAUCUACUGCUGCCACACGGGAUGUUGGAAAGCAUCACCCAUGGAUGUAUAUCAACUAUGCAAGCAAAGAGCAAGAACCGUACAGUGGUUAUGGGAAGGAAAACCUGGAGAGGCUGAGGAGGAUCCAGAGGAGUGUUGACCCUGACGGUGUGUUUACUUCGAGUGGGUUGUGUAGGGGGUAUUUCAAAUUGUUGUAGGCCAUUCGUUGCACGGAGACCGGGU